GGGGGGUAUUUGAUCUCUUUUUUGGGGCGGGUGGGGGCCCUCCGGGGGUUUCAAAGCGGGUGCGACUCAAAACAUCCUCCUCCGCCCCCCAGAAUCCAAGGAAUAUGGCGAAAGUAGAACAGGUCCUGAAUCUAGAACCGCAGCAUGAGCUUAAAUUCAAAGGCCCUUUCACAGAUGUCGUCACUACGAACCUGAAGCUUGGCAAUCCUACCGACAGAAAUGUAUGUUUUAAAGUGAAGACCACAGCACCACGUAGAUACUGUGUAAGACCGAACAGUGGAAUUAUUGAAGCAGGAACAUCAAUCAAUGUAUCUGUGAUGUUACAGCCUUUUGACUAUGAUCCUAAUGAGAAGAGUAAACACAAGUUCAUGGUUCAAUCAAUGUUUGCGCCGACUGACACCUCAGAUAUGGAAGCAGUAUGGAAGGAAGCAAAACCAGAAGAUCUUAUGGAUUCAAAACUUAGAUGUGUGUUUGAGCUACCAGCAGAGAAUGACAAACCUCAUGAUGUAGAAAUAAAUAAAAUUAUAUCCACAACUACAUCAAAGACAGAAUCUUCUGUAAUGUCUAAAUCUAUAAGUUCCUCUUUGGAUGAUCCUGAAGUUAAGAAGGUAAUGGAAGAAUGUAAGAGGCUGCAAGUUGAACUUCAGAGGUUACGGGAGGAGAACAAGCAAUUUAAGGAAGAAGAUGGGCUGCGAAUGAGGAAGCCGGCGCAGAGCAACAGCCCGAUUUCUGCUUCAGCCACUGUUGUGAAGGAGGAAGGCCUCAGCACCCGGCUACUGGCUCUGGUGGUUUUGUUCUUUAUUGUUGGUGUAAUUAUAGGGAAGAUAGCCUUGUAGAGGCAGCAGCAUGCAGAAGAUGGUAAAUUGGAUCGAUGGAUCUGCCAUAUCAUGGGAUUAAAUUUAUUCAUAACAAUGUUUAAAAAAGAAAUUAAUGUAUGACAUCUCACAGGUCUUGCCUUUAAAUUACCCCCUGCACAAAUAUAACAUCACAUAAUCUUCUAGGAAGUUUAAAAUGUACAGUGAAUGAUUGGGAAAACAAGAGAACGCUCUUUAGUAAAUGACAAAGAAUAUUGUGAUUAAUACUACAAUGGCAUAUUGUAAAUGUCAUUUUAAACAUUUUUAGACCUUGGUACAUGUUGCUGGAUUACCUCUUUUAAACAAGAAAUUAUUCCUCGACUGCUGGAGCUGGUCCCCUUGGAUUUGUGGAGCCAGACUAAGCAGUAAGGGGGCGAUAACUUCUGUAAAAUAUAUUAAUCCACCGUACUGCUCAUAAACUAAAAGUUUCUGUCUGUGUCUUCAGUUCUGUGCAAGUUACCAAUUUGUUGGAACUUAAUGAAUAGAGUCAGAAGCUGAAAAGAAUUGUUAUGUAGCAGCAGCAGCAUUGAAUGUGCUAGGCAUCAGAAGAGACAUAUAUUGACAAGCGUAACAACACUGGAAUGCAGGUCAAUGCCUUGUUCUCUUAAAGGGACCAAGCUAAACUGCUGUUGGUUCGUUUAGUUGAAUUAAACUGUUCCUCGGAGAUGUUUAAUGCAUAUUUAACUUAUUUAAUGUAUUUCAUCUCAUGUUUCCUUAUUGUCACAAGGUUAUAACUAAUGCUAUCGCAUAAAUAAGGCACCUGCUCUAAAGCUGGUGAAUCAAGCUGGCAUUGCUGCUGGAGAGCUGUGGGAUCCUUCUGCCUCCUGAUGUUUUUGGGCACUACAUCAAUGUGGAAGUUCUGAUUAUUGGAACAUUGGAAAACAGCGGUCAGGAAACUGUUUUUGUAUGUAAAUAAAUAACAUCUAUCUCGGGGUGGGGGGGAAACCAGGGAAUUAUUAGUAGUAUAUUAGUUCUAUGCCGUAAAAGACCAAUCCUGUUUGACUAUGUAGCAUCUAAAAAAGGAAAAAAAAAAUGAAAUAAAACCCCCAAAUUAAGCUUUCUUUUGUUAUUUUGUCACAUUUGCUGCAUUUAAAAAAUUAAAUUGUUGCCAGAGGAAGGCUAUUUAAAAUGGGCACCAUCAACAAAAAAUCUUUGUAUCUAAUGAUGCUUCUCUUUGACAUCUUCCUCUAUAUUCAGUAGGCUCUAGCAGUGGGAGUCUGACGAUUAAAGUGUUGAAAUUUUGUCUGUCGUGGGCGACUAAUCUGUUAGAGAUAGCAUCCAUAAUUGUUGAACCUCACCAAGAGGAUCUGAAGUCAGUGAGCAUUUCAGAAAAGGAAUGAACUAGUUUUCCAAUGAACUAACCCCUUAACACAUGAUGAAGUACCUGUAAAGUGGAAACAUUUUUGAAAAGAGACUAGUGCCCCUCAGAAGUGGUGUGGCGUAGAGGAAGGAGCACAGGACUGGGAAUUGGGAGAUUGGAGUUUGAGUCCUGGCUCCACCCUUGGCUUCCCGUGUGACCUUGGGCAAAUUGCUUAACCUCUCGGGGCCUCAGUCUCCUCAUGUGUAAAAUGGCAGUAAAAUAGAUUGUGAAUCUUGUGUGGGGUACAGACUAUGCCCAAUCUCACUGCCUUAUAUCUAACUUCGUGCUUAGAUAUGUUUGGAGAUUUAUAGCUACAGUGGACAGAGGCUUAACAAAUAAUAAGCAACAAAGUGCCCUAGAUGUGUCCUUUUAUCAACCUUAAAGGUGAGUCAAAAGUCUCUUAAAAUUGCCAAAACUAUCAGUUUCAGAAACUACCAGGCUGAAGAGAAUUGAUAGCUAGAUGCCCUCUUGCAAACCUGGAUCAUGAGUCUCAUGCUUAGAACCUAAAACUGGGAGAUGGAAGGGCAAUAUUUCUGAUCCUGUUGAUGUAGAGCUUAUAUGUGAAAGGAAGAUGACCUUUUUGAAGGAAAGGGUGAGUCUAAUCAUAAUGCACAGUCCACACGGGGCCGACUGGAAGCUUUUUCCUUAGGCACACAGGUCAUUUGUGUGAAAAACUGAUCUUACAGAAGUAACGGUCACUGGAAAAUAUGGUGGUAUGGCCUCAAGAUCUCUAUGCCUUGUGUAAUAGUGGGUCCUAAUACUUGUUCAUAUACUGGGAUGACUGGGGUUACCUUUAAAUUGGGGCAAUCUUGUCAUCAUUAAAUUUUCCUUUCAGGUUUUAUUGAAUGAAAGAAACCUGAGGAUACUCUAAUCAGAAGGCAAACACAACAUUUCGGCAGAGAAAGAUGGUUUGGGGCUUGGCCUGGCCAAAGUUAUGGCAAAUGCGGAGGUUUCCACUUGCCACCCUUUAGGUGCAAUUAAGGCCUCCUUCCCCAGAGAAGGGCCUGGGUGAAAAAGGGGGUUUUGUGCUUGCAGGGAAAGAGGGAGACAGCAUAUUAACAUAUAUUUGGUGGUGAACUUUGGUUGCGCCCAGAAGGGAGAAGGAAGUGUGAGAGGAGGGAAGAUGCCACUCUUGUCAGCAUGCCACCCCAACUCUUGGCAUUUUUACUUUUUUCAUUUGCAUGCUAACAAGUAGAUGGUACUUGUGGAGGUGGAGAAAGGGGGCAGAUAAGAUUGUGCCACAGGCAUAGUUGCAUGUAAACAGACAUGAGUUUGAGUCACAGAAAAUGAUGUUUUCCAGCACAUCUAAGAUUGAAGGGAAUGAGGAAUGUUUGUAAUGGGAAAACCAGUCUUCUUUCCAAAACAUUCACCCCAUGAAAAAUGCCUUCUCUUCUGGAGGUCAGGGUUUGACAAAGAAAUUAAGAGGUUUUCAUUAAGAAAGGUGGGUGGGUUUUUUGUCAGGCUGCAAUUACUAUAAAAUGAAAAUUUUCUCUCCCAUGUGAAAAAUCACCUGGAGAGCAUACAGUUGAAGUGCUAAGGGAGAGCCACAAUCGUUCUCUGUUUUGAGAGCAGCCCUAUUGUCAGUAAUCACUAUCCUUGUGAUUAUUGUCAGUAAUCACUGUCCUUAUCCACAUGACAAACCUAGAAAAAUUGACACCUGUUUAGCCACAGUUACUACCUGUUGUGGCUAGCUCUCUUAACUACACGGUAUAAUCAUUGUCAGUUUCUUACUCAAAAAUACCCAUUCCAUUCCUGUCACCUAGAGUCAGUGCCUUUCCUGGCCUUAAAGAAAACUACAAAAUGGAGAAAUAGUAAGAAUUCUCAUCUUGCCACAAGCCCUGUUUGGGAUCAGCUGAAGUGAGAGUAGAAGUUAGAGAGGGUAUCUGGGAAGAAGUCAGUGUGGGAAGUGAUGAGGACACAGUGAAGCAUUUAUUUGAUUUGAGAAUCAGGGAGAUGAGAGCUUAGAGACUAGGAGGUCUUAGAGUUCCACUCUCAGAUUAAAAAUCACACUCGUUCCCCAAAGCAAUGCACAUGCAGUUUUCAUAUAGUGUGGAGGUAGCAUUUUUGACAACCCCUAUGCUAAGUGCACAGCUUUUUCUUCUGAUGUCAUAUCAGGGAAGUGGACUGUGUUGGAAGUAUCUACCAGAGCACCUAGUGAGAAUACAUGUCACAAGAAGACUAAUGGUCUUUUUCCUAUAAAUAACUAGGCUGUGAAUGAUUUUAUUUGACUUGGCCCUUGGUAAAGAUGCUUGGGAAACUGAGAGAAGAAACCAGGGUUCGUAAAAGUUGAUGGAGAUUACUAAAUUGAGAAUUGGGUGCUCUCUCAAUCUCAGGCUAGGAAGACAUCGGUGGCUAUGUAUAUUGCUUAUCUAAUAGACCCUCCUUUAAAAAAGCCAGCUAACAUCAUAUGUAAGGCAGGGAACAUUUUACAUGCUUUGAUUUUUGUAAUUUUUGCAUAUUUUAUCCCCUUUGUCUUUGAAACUGCUGGUAGAAGCAAUAAGCAUGGAUAAAAUUGAAAGUAGAUUGUACCAGUAGAUCAAUUUAAGCCUAAAUAACUAGAACUUACCAGAUAAGGGAAAAAUGGAUAAAUCUCAAAUAGACCCCCAAAACUUAUAGCAUUUGGGGCAGGUCUUUCUGUCUGGAGAUAUGAGUACUAGCAUCCUGGAUCGAGUUGCAGACAGUGUUCCCUCAUAUAUGGGAGUGUGGCUGGGAGAUUGUUCACUAGUCCAAGCACUUAGUACAGUGCUUUGCACACAGUAAGUGCUCAAUAAAUACGAUUGAAUGAAGAUACAAUUGAAUGGUCUCUCAAGCUGACAGUUCUGGGUCAAGCCGAGUGCGCCUAUGCAGCCCAGAGGAGAACAGUGCCCGUGUUGGCCAGAGCCAUUUUAUCACUCCCGGGGACCCACCCAGUGCCGUGGCAGGGCUGCAGCGGUGGUGCGGGAUGGCUUCUGGCAGUGGCAACAUUUGGGUGACAGGCAGUAGAGGAGCAGAAUUGGGUUCUCGAAUCCCACACCCUUCCCCGGUGGCGCUAGCUACACAGCCUCCAUCCUAAAGGAGGAAAGUGAAAUUAGGAGAUCAUAGGUGAAGGUAAUGAUUUGGAAUUCAGUAGCCUUUCAGAUCAACUCAGAAACAAGCCGGUACAUCGUAUGUAGGUGCCAAAUGCCAUAUAUGUAUAUAGAGAGAGAGAGUGAGAACUUUAAAAAGGUUUUGGCAGCUGUCUGCAUGCGCCAAACUGCAUUUACAUGCGGAGGUGGAAUUACAUAUAUUGCUGUGCUUUCAGCUUCUUCUCUGGAAAGGUGGCCCUUCUCAAGUUUAUGGAAAUGGUAUAUGAUCCCCUUAAUGAAAACGAUUUUGAGGAGAAAGUUGAAAUUGCCUUCAAGGGUGAGGGGGCGGUUUGUAUAAUGACGAUUGAAUUCAUAUACCGGUCUAGGUGGCAGGCUGCCGCCUGCCAGAGGAAGACAUUUAUUGAAGCCACUGGGACUUCCUGUACUGGAAUUGACUCUCGACUCUUUCAUUUAGCCUACCUGGGCUUGAAUAAAAAAAACUGAGCAUCCAAACUGCGGAGUAGUAGGAUGUUGUAAUUGUGAUAGGACCUUGAUUAAAUGUGAAGCCACCGUGCUUCCUCUAAGAAGAUUAAUUUUUCUAAGACCAUUGAAAGGGGAAGAAUUUUGAUAUCCAGAAUUAUAUAUAUAUAAAGCCAUCCAUGCUAAGAACAGAGUAAGAACCCAAAUCAUGAAGUACAAAUCUUCAGUUGUUUUUCAGAAUUAGAGAGAUUUGGAGCAAAAAAAUGCUUGUUUGAGUUGUGUGAUAUAGGAUUCAGACUGCCUGCUGGGGUUUUUGAACGUUUGUUUUCUUUUCUUAAUGGAAAUAUCCUGACUUUUGGAUAAAAUUGAGCUUAAUCGUUGCAUAGCAUUUGUGCUUGGGGUUUUUGAUGUGAUUCCCCCUUUUUAGUUUCUUCUUUACAUACUCUAAUGUUGACUCUUUCCGAGAACUUCCCAUAAAGAUGCAAAUGACCGCUAAGACACUGUUGAAACUUCAGAAUGUUGCACAAAAGACCAAUAUGCAAAGCCGUGAUGAAUUAUUAAUAAAUCAGUUAAAUUGCCCAUUUUGUGUGUCUUUCAUCUGCUUAUCUUUAAGCAAUUUUUGUAGUUAUUUUAAAGAAAAGUAAAUAGAAUCAGAUGUUGAGCCAAAAUGCUCUUUCGCCUUUUCAAAAAUAAAACCACUCAACUAGAAUGAGGAAAUCAUGCUGCUUAUGUUUCUCAUCUGAGGACUUCUUUGUGUGUGUGUGUGUGUGUGUGUGUGUGUGUGUGUGUGUGUGUGUGUGUGUGUGUGUGUGUUUGAAAUACAGCAGUGCUCUAAGAGGAAAAUAAUCUGUCUCAGCAUUUUGGCUCUGAAAUUUUGUUACCAGAAUCGAUGUUUGUAAUUUGUGAAUUGUAUGUGAAACUAAAGCAAUUUAUGACAAUUGGUCCUUCAGAGCUUCCUGCUGAUGUUACCUCUAUUACCACAGGGACAGCAUGGAAGUAUAUAAUUGGAACAGAGCCAGGUUUGCUGUUUUCCCUUAAUUAGCACUGCCGUCCCAGAAACUAGAGAUGGAAGUGGUGAAGAUCAGCUGAGUGGUAAACUGCACAUCUGUGAAAAACAUAUCCAACAUUGGCCUUGCAAACCUCAGCUCCCACAGUGUUGACACUAAGAAUGGCCCUCCAGCACAAAUCUCAUGGAACAUUUUGAGAAAUGUCUUUCUAUGAAUGCAAGUGUAUUUCACCUUUGUGCUGGGGAUGCUGGGUUCUCAACUUCAAGUUUCCCUUGUGAAUUCUAAGACAAGUAGCAUUUUGAAAAUGUUGAAAUUUUAUUUUCAUUACAACGGUAUUAUAAAAAGUACACAGAUCUGAGAUGUGUAUAACAGUUGAAAUCGGAAAGGUGCAUAGGGUUAUCUUAAUUUAUGCACCUACAUAUUUAGACACUUAAAAAUGUAAUUAGCUCAUUUGGAAAAUAUUUUCACUUGUAUUUAGGCCUUCAAGGGAAAAAAAUACAACAGAAAAUCUAUCCUCCAGUAUGCCAGAAACAUUUUGUUUUAAGGAUACUUUGGAAUGAUGCCAUGAUAUAGAUUGGCUUGAUUAAAAGAUGUCAUUGGAAUAAAAUAGUAUCACAAGUUAAUAGUCUGCUGCUGCUAGCUAAAUACUAAUGUUUAUUUUUAAACUCGGAAACAUUGAUCCCGUGACAAUGUUCUAGUACUUUAUUAUACCAAAGGGUUGAUGUAUAUUUAAUCAUUUUGCCUAAUGGAUGUUGGUGCAAUACUGACGCUUGCUCAACUUUUCUGUUAUUGACCGCAUUCUAGUUAGCCAACAGGACAGCGUACGCUUCUACAAAUCAGAUGCUUUUGACCCCAGGAUUUUGGUUCAGUGAUAACAUCUAUGAAUAAGCCAUUUUCCAACUGGAUGAAGUGGAUUGUUUUUUGGGUUUAUUUUAAGUAGCGUCAACAGCCAGACCGUUGGUGGUGACACUUUUAAUUUAGGACCAUGUUAGUGUUCAUAUGGAUCUAUUGCCCUUUAAAAUGAGAUAAAUCAUUGUGCAUGUUUCACACAUCAUUUCAACCGUCUUUAUGUAAUACCAAGAAGAUAUGGUUCUCUUUAUGAAAUAACUGCGUGUGGUUCUUCAUUUUUAAGAUGGGAACUAAAUUCAGCUGCGGCCCUCUCACACGAAUUCAUUUAAAAAAAAGUUUUGCACUGAAUCUUCCACUUGAAAAUAAAGGUCAGAAUUUAUUGCAGAUAAUACUGAGACCAUUAGUACAGGGGUUGCUUCUUUCAAAAAUACUUGUGCUUUUUGUAAACAGCAAUCUGAUAACAUCUAUUCGAACAGCAAGAAUGCCUGAACAGAAGUGACGUGAUAUAAUAGAAAAAGCAUAUAUUCUGUUUUUUAUUUCUGCUGUUAAUGUUUGCUUUUAUUUUGCCAUAUGUAAGUUGUUACCAUUUGGAGCUUGCUAUAAUAGAAAAAUAAUCUGUUUUUUGUGCCUCACCACUCCCUUCCCUCUUUUUUAAGUUAUUGAGCAUUGCAGUUUCUGUUAACGAUACCGAAUCUGAUUUACUUUACUCUGUCUCAAAAAUUCCAAGAGGUCUUCAUGUAUUUUCCCUUUUAUCCCUAAUUUAUAACUUUUUUUUAAUGUACAUUAACAAAUCAUUGUUUUGAAAUUUAAAUAUUUUACAGAUGCAUUUGGAUACUUUAUCCUUGGCAGUUUUUUCCUAUUAUGUAUUUUUAUUUUAUAUUUCAUGUUGGACAACUAAUUUUAAAAUCUGUUGCAGGGAAGGACUUCUCCCUUAUAUGUUUUAAUCUAAUAUAUAAUACAUUCAGGUAGUUAAACUAGAGCUUUAUACUUUGCAAGUUCCAGUUUUACAAAGCUCUUUACAGCAUUGUUUUCACACUUUCUGUAAAAGUCUAAUGAAAGCUGCCUGCCAAAAGAUAAACUUCUGUACUAGCUGUCUCAGUAUUAUGUUCAAUAAAUUCCAUGCUCUGAAUAUAUUUAAAGGAAA